AACUCAGCUGUGAUCAUUUGUUUUCUUUCAGGAACAGUGCGGUCGUGCAGUAGUUGACAAGAAAAUCGAAAGCUUGCUCUUGUCAAAAAAGCAACUUAGAAAAGUUGAUUUUUUCUCAGUGAAAAUCCGUCCAAGCUUCGCGGAAAAUUGCGUUUUAUUUGCUGCUGAAAAUCGACAUUCAAUUCCGGUCAGUUAUUCAUGACUUUUCCUAGUGGAAAAUGUGCUUUUAGGGCGUUAUUCAGCAGGAAAUUUGGAUUUUUCCGUGGGAGUAAAUUGCACUCGACGUUCUGGCAGGAUAAUAGAUGAAGAUGGUCCUGAAGACAUUCCCUCUAACCCCAACCAGACUGGAUCUCGUGGACAUGAACUGCAGCCAUCCACUCCCGAAUUGCGCUUAAUUCGGCUCUUCUCGCUUCUUCAGCGGCGGUUCCACCAGCAGGCGGGUUUCUUCGGCUGAUUGUCGCCGAUCUUCGGCGUCUUUAAACGUCGCGGUGUCGACGCCAAACAUGGCGGCAACGGCGAGACGCCGACCUGGAGGAAGCGGCGACUCUGCCGAAGACGACAUUGCCGCCAUUGCCAAGCAGAUUUCCGACACGGCUGAGGUCAUCUACCAGAACUGGAAGUCCAGGAAUUUGGCUCCUGCCGAUUUGAUCACCUGCCAUGCUGCUGGUGAUCCUGCCAAGUUGGGAUCAAUGUUGAAGCCUCAGCCACCGGCAAAGCCGUCGAUGGACUUGCUGGCCCAGGCGCCCAGCAUGGACAAUAAUCGGCUGGAGAAGUUGGUGAAGAAUUUCGUGCACGAAGACAAGGCGAGGUUAGCAGCUCAGGCUGCCGCCUCCAAAACACCCAAACCGAUGCCCAGCAGCAUCCAGUACGCUUUGCGAAAGUUCGAAAAAGGUUCCGUGGUCGAAAAUGGCUUCAGCACCAAUGGCCCGAAGAAACCGGGCCCGGUGGCUUCCAGUCCAGCAAAGAAAUCGCCCAAUUUUGGACAGAUGACUGUUGAACAGACUUACUCAUCACCACUGAACAAACCUACCAUUGGUCAGAAACCUCAAAUCUCGCCCAAACCAGCUCAUCUUUCGGACACAAUCGAAAUGACUCUGCCACCCGAGCUGAGUCCCGGUUUGCAAACGUGGCCGCUCAAAAAUCGAGUCAUUUCCACGGAAAAUGUGGGCAAAAAGUCUGGAAGUGGGCCGGGAUUGGGCGCCAACACACCCGCACACACCAACAACAGUGCGCCCACCAACAGCCACUCACCCCUAAGUCCACACCAGUUUAGUCCCAGUUUGCAGACUAAUAGUCCAGCUUUGAGUCCCGUUCAACCGGCCGCUGGACGGCUGUUUAAUACUUUACCGCUGAAGUCAUCGAAAACAACCAUCGAUGAGGUAGCACUUGAGGAAAAAAGGCUGAUAAACGCGCUCAAAAAUGGGGACGUUGUGAACGAGGAACCCAUCAUUACUCAAAUACCCAGCAAACAUAUAAUUCGGGAACCCGAGAAGGCUUCAGAAGGCACCACGAAAUGGGGCCUGAGAAGUACGUCCAAAAGACCCGAACAGCAGGUACCUCAUCCGGAACUGACCUCAAGCCAAAGACUGCAUUUGCGCCAAACAGCAGCCAAUCCCGUCAGGCCUUUCCUCACACGUGGCUCUGUCGCUGAGCGGGUGCUGAUUUUCGAAAGAUGUCCCAGCGAUUUGUUGCUGGAUAAAAGAGUGCGAGCGCCGGUACCUCAAACGAGUAAACCACAGCCUUUACCAAAGCAAGCCUCCUUGCAACACACGACUCUCCAAAGGCACGUGCGGGCCCAUCGGAAUGUUAACAUUCCCAGGUUCCACUAUCCUGCUGGAAAACCGGUACCGCCUGGACAGUUGGAAGUCAUCAAGUCCAAAGUGAAAGCGGCCUUUGCGGCAAUAGGAGAUAGAGCGUCUAGAGAGCACUUUGGUGCCAUAAUCCAGGAGUGCCAGUUGCCUUUGUACUGGAAAACACCGCUUUAUUUGGCAGCAUGUGCGGACAAAGGCGCGUGUACUUUCGAGCAGUUUAUGACUUUCUGGCAAGGAAUGGCAUCUUCCUGCCAUGAUGCAGCUGCCCGUUUCGUGUACAUCCUGACCAGAGGGCGCAGACAAUAUCUAGUUCCUGAAGACUUCAUUCCUAUGGUGCAAGACGUUGUAGAAACCCAUCCAGGGCUCACGUUCUUGAAAGAAGCCACCGAGUUCCACUCGAGAUACGUUCACACAGUGAUUGCCAGGAUAUACUAUUGCGUCAAUCGGUCCUGGUCGGCGAAAAUUUCGAUAGCGGAACUGAGACGAUCCAACCUGCUCACCAUCAUCCAGCUAUUGGAAGAGGAGGAGGACAUUAAUCAGAUCACUCACUAUUUCAGCUACGAGCAUUUCUACGUGAUUUAUUGCAAGUUUUGGGAGCUGGAUCGAGACCAUGAUCUGUUCAUUGAUAAGCAGGACCUGACAAGACACAAUGAUCAUGCUCUGUCCUCUCGCAUAAUCGAUCGCAUCUUCUGUGGAUGCGUCACAAGAGGAAACAAGCGCAAUCAGGAGGAGAAAAUGUCCUAUACAGAUUUUGUGUGGUUCCUGCUGAGCGAGGAAGACAAACUGCACCCAACAGCCAUCGAGUAUUGGUUCCGUUGCAUGGACUUGGAUGGCGACGGGUACCUAUCCAUGUAUGAACUGGAAUAUUUCUACGAAGAGCAAAUGCAGCGCAUGGAUAGCAUUGGAAUUGAAACUUUGCCUUUCCAGGAUUGUCUCUGCCAAAUGCUGGAUCUGGUCAAACCCAAAAUCCCCGGCAAAAUUGCGCUGAGCGAUUUGAAAAAAUGCAAAAUGACCUCCAUUUUCUUCGACACUUUCUUCAAUUUGGAGAAAUAUUUGGACCAUGAACAAAGAGAUCCGUUUGCAUCGCAACGCGAUCACGAUCUCGAUGGCAUGGAGAUGUCGGACUGGGACAGAUACGCAGCCGAAGAGUACGAACUACUCGUAGCUGAAGAAGGCGGAAAUGACCAAAAUGAUAGUAUGGAUUUCGAAUGUGGCUAUGAUAGGCUCGUCCGAUGAAGGAAAUGAAGAUUUACUGUCGGAAAACUUGGAAGGUACACUGGAAUUGUCCGAUGAUAGUGAUUGCAGUAUCUAGCAAGCAACGGCCUCAACAAAUCUCGAAUUCAAUUCGAAUAAUAAACGUUAAUUUCUAGUCUCAACCGACAAAUAAAAGUAUUUUUCGCAUUUUUUGGCGAUAUCCGUAAGAUUUCCUAGGUAGAUGAUAGGCGCUAGGUUUUUUCCAGUUUUUGCAAUUCGUAGAAACGCGACGUAUUCUAAAUGAAAGUGCUGCUUAAACUACCAGUAGCGGAUUAGAAAUGUAUUUUCCCGCACGGUCUAGUUGAAGUCCUGGAGUGAUUACUGGAUUUUGCUUGUUUGCCACUGAUUAGCGAAUCCUCUAACAGUUCAGGACUAGGGGAAACUUUCUUAAUAACAUUUGAUUAGCUUAAGGUCUAAAUAAUAAUACCCAAAGCACAAACAUAAACAGUGUGAUUUUUUCUAUUAAAGAAAAAACUAUUUUGUAUUUAAAGUAGAAGAGAACAAAGUCCUAGUGAACGCUAACCUACUUAGUCAUAGCCCAGUAACUCUAGUCUAGUCAGUUGAAUUUCGUCGUACUGUAUUUUCUAUUAGUCUUUGAAUUAGGGUCAAUUAAUAAUUGCUGAGUGAAAUACAGAACAUAAAUUGUUCUAGACAUAGAAAGGUUUUACUUCCAAGUCCAGUUUGAUUUUGGACAGUUUCAAUUCCACCCAAAAACGCAGUGGAAUAAAACAUGUUUUGAAAAAUGAGUUGAUUCUCUUUGAAACAACGAAGUUGUUUAAUUCUCAAUCUUUCAUGCACAUACUCGAUGUACGAGGAAGAAGUGCUUUGACUUAAUUCAAUGUGGGAUAAAGAAAGGAGGAGCUUUUUCAUAAUUAGUGUUGUGAUGUCAUAAAAGACUUAAAUCUAUUAUUGUAUGUUUUUUUUCUUCAGAGAAGAUUGCAGCUAAACGACUAGAAAUAGGCCUUUAAAAUUCAAAUACUAACCAAAGCCUUUAGUGCUAUUUGUCCUCAUUUUUACGUAUACAUAUAAACGUAUAAACAAAGAAGACGCACCUAAUUGUUGAGUUAACUAUAACCAAUCAUUUAAAAUACUUUUUAGAAAGUAUGUUUUCUUAGUCUUAUCUUCUAAUCUACUUCUCCUAGAAAGUGAAACUCAAGCCUUAACAGCCUUAUUGAAACCUCAAAUUCCAACUGAUAAAUCAAACAGCUGCCAUACCGAUUAGCCAAUAUUGUGUAGCUAAAUGAAUCUCGGAUACAUGGUAAUGUGCAUUACUUGUUACAUGGUGAUGUUAAUUCUUAUUAUUAUUUAUUAAUUGUAGCUUAAGUGUUGUACUUUUUUUUAUAGUCUAGGAUAUUUAUUUGUAUGAUCCUGUAUGCUAUUAGCUGAACGAACUGUGCUGAUUCGAUUGAUUGAUUAACUGGGGCUCCACUUGGAACUUGACAGGGCCGGAAAUUAUGGGUACAUGUGUUGUUAUUUUUAAGAAACACAUCACGUAUAUGGCAUCCGCUUGGGAAUUGUUAGGUCUAAUGCUUUUUAUGAAUUGAGUAAGUGAAGUUCCACAUGCUUUUGUAUAAAGUUGUUUUGCCGGGUUCUGUAGUUACAACCCAAAUUAAUAGUUUAGAUUCACGUUGUGUUCAAUUGAUGAUUGUUUUUUACUUUAAAGAAUAUUCUAUUCUACAUCUAGAAAUUUCUGGAAAAUAGGCAGUUUGAAUUAGACCAAGACUUCAUGAUUGUCCUUUUUCUACCCUUCACAAACGAAUAUUUGUACGCAAUUUCCCAGUGAUAGUAUUAAUUAUAUAACUCAGCUAAUUAUUGUUGUAACUGUAUAGUUUAUUUAACAUUAUUGACCUGUUUUUAAUUAUUGCGAUAUUAUAUUAUGAAUUGACUAGUCAUUUUAAUGUCUAUGUAACAUUGUAUAGAAUUUUAUUAUACUGGUUUUCUUUUAA